AUGUUCACAGACCACCAACAGACAGCCGUCAAAGAGGCCGCACCCAGAGUAGUGUUCGACAUUUCACCAAUAAUGGCGAAAUUGAGGAGUGUUCUUUCCGAGUACAUUCCGUUUCUGUUUCAGUUUAAGCCUGAUGAAAACCUUCCAGACGAACCGCUGCAACGAAUGAAUCUUGCUCUCUUAAGACACCGCAAAACUCAAUUGUCAGAGUCCGAACUUCAGGUGAAGUGUUCAGCCACUCAUGAGGUCGCGAUGUUGAAGAAUUCUUGGAUGAUUUGGCAACGGUUUGAACGAAUCACUAUGUCAAUAGAACUGUUUGGAUGGCGAGCCGUAAAUGAAAAGUUAUUAGCGAUCUCUGACGAGAAGGCGAUCAUCAUAGAUUCGGUGAAGUUCGACUUUUCUUCACUUACCGACCAUGAUCCCAGUUAUAUAAGAAGAUCGGUGAGUUCGAAAACUCAGUCGAUAGCGGAAAUCUAUCGAGAGCAUAUAUCUGACAAUUUACACGAUUACUAUACCGUAACGAUGAAAACACCGAAUUAUGCUGGUCGUCUUAUACGAAUCAUGUCCAUCGUCCACUGCAUUGAAAAUAUCCACUAUGAAAGGUCAAAGGUCAUGGAAUUGGCACGGAUAUUCGACAUCUUUAAGAUCGAAGCCUCUGAGAAGGGAAUGUUCGACUGCUAG